CGUGACUCCCAGCAUUGACUCCUGGAUGGAUGGAUGGAUGGAUGAGAAUAAUAAAAAAGAAAGAAAGAAAAGAUAUAGUUGACGUAUCGGUCAGUGGCGCUCGGAAACUCCUAACCCCUCUUAGGAGUGACCUUUUCUCGAGGGAAAUGUUGUUUCUCACUCCGUCCGAACCAAACGACAGGAAGCUUUGAAACACACGGCCAUCCCGGUCACCCCCUCCUCGGCAUUGUUGAGUCUAAAGAGCUGCUCGCUUUCUCCACAAGAAAAAUAAUCUGUCAGGGAGAGAUUGCAAUGCAGUCAACAGGCAUGUUUGGGUGGCUGGACUAAGAAAGGAAAGAAAGAAUGGUUGGAAGAAAGCGGGAGGAAGAGAAGAGAAACGUCUGGGUUUUUGGAGAAGAAUCAAGAUUUAGAGGGAGGGAAGACAGACACAAACAGAAAUAGAAAAGUUCGAUGGUUUCUCAGCCUUUCUCCUUUCAGCUGGAGAUUUGAAGUAAAGCACAUCGUUAUUGUGAAAGAGUCUUGGCUGUGAUCCAUGGGAACUGAUCCAGCUUUGUUGUCUGUGGAGCUCCCAGCCUACUUUAGUCUACUGGGACAUCCAUGAUACUGUUUCUGGUAGGUCCUGAGUACUACUUCUCCCAUCCGUCAACCUCCCUCCUUGCUAGCUAGCUAGCUACAGGACUAAGGGAAACCUUAAGGAGGAAUAGUGAAGAAAGUCUGAGGGAAGAGGUGCCCAGCAGCAGGAGAAGCAACAUGGACAGCUAAGAUUCUCAUUAUCUCCACUGGUGAUUCACUUUUUUUUUCUUCUCCACUCGCUCCAAAAUAGGACUGUCUGAACUUACUCUGAACACUCCACAAAAACGGUGAUCCUUAAACUGACAUACAGACCAAGCCAGGGAGGGCUGCAGACGGUCUGGGUAGAAGAAGAGACAGAAACCGUGGAGCAAACCAGAGGAGAAGCAGAGAAAGUCCAGAACUCCUCCAGCAGAGCAGCAAAGAGAUGGAGAGGGAGAGGGGUCAGAUGUCUGUGAGGAGAGGGGUAAGCUGGAGCCCAGGUGGAGGGAGGGAGCCCCUUCACGGGGGGCAUGGCGGGAACACGGACACCGGCAAAAGAGAGAGCGCCGCAUCUUCGGAGAGGCUGGACUACAAAGGGAUCAAAGGACAGGUGACAUCGACCUCCACCAAUCAGCUGACUCGGAAAACCAACCUGACGCGUAGUGCCAGCCUAUCAGAGAAGGAGUUGAAGGAGGCGAGGGUGAGGUCACAGAUCAUCGCGGCCCAGCUGACCGUCCCGUCUGGCUGCUCCAAUUCACGCGGCGUCCAGCUCUUCAACCGCCGCAAGCAGAGGGUCAACGCCUUCACGCUAGAGAGCUGCGGGGAAAGAACGAGAGAAGAGGAGAGAGACGGAGAUAACAGGAACAACAACCUGACAUGGGAGGAGGAGGAGAGGGAGGGUCCUAGUGAAGGGACAGAGACAGACAGACAACUGAACUGGAAGAAGAACAGCAGCGGGACAAAACCACCACUCUGGUCGCCACCCUUUGGAUGUGAGGUCACAGGAAGUGACAUCAUGGAGGACCCAGGUGACGAGCACAUCUAUGAGGAAGUGGACGUGAUACAAGAGAGACACUUCCAGCCGGUGAACGAGAGAGAAGAGGAGGAGGAAGAGAGGAGUGGAGAGAGAGAAAGAGAGGAGAUAUACGAGGAUAUUGAGGGUGAAGUGAAGGAUGAGAUUAUACCAGUAAAUGACAACAACACCGGUCCAGUCAGAGAGGAAGUGGGGAUGAAUAGGGGAUCAUACACAUUCCCCACAGCUCCCUCUGAGACCCGUAAUGGCUUCCACAGCACCCAGGGCUCUGCUGGAGAGAUCCAAAAUGGCGGGCGAGUUUCUAUGUCCCUGUCCAGACAGACCCCCACCAUCGUCAACCGGACAGCCAGACCCUUCUUCUCCCCGCCCACCGUACAGCUUAAGUCCCCAGAGGCCAGGAGUCCUGUCAUGGAUAACAACAUACUCCCAGCCCCCUCCUACUCCACUCCCCCUCUCCCUGCUUUCACUGCCACUCGCCCUGUCGCCUUCUCCCCUCCUCCCCCUCUUGCUUCAUGCUCCAUGCCUCCUCUCCCAGCCUUCCCCAUCCAUCCUCCUCCUCCCUCCCAGUCUCUCUCCAGUCCUACUCCCAAGUCUACCGUCAUGUUCCCUAGGUCUACACCCGCCCCCCAGUACAACCCUCCUCCUACGUCUGCCCCAGUGUCCCAAUAUCUACCCCCCAACCCUCUUGUCACCCAAUACAUCCCUCCUCCAACCUCCCCCAGACCCAACACCUUUGUCCCCUUCACCCCUCAGCCUAUUGGUCAACAGAACCAGCAGCAGCCAAUCAAAACGGGCAUUCUGGAGAAAGGGGCGGCGGCCAUCAGACGAUCGUCAACAGCCAGGAAGUCCAUGUUCACCUUUAAGGAGAAGCCUGUCAUGGCACCCAACCCUGAACUCCUGUCUCUGGUCCAGGGGAACGAUGAUAGGAAGAAGCACGGCCUCCGCUCCGUUCCCGACCCAGCCCCAGAGGAGGAGCUGCUGGCUCUGGGGGCCGAGGCCUCUAACUUCCUAGCCAGGGAGGAGGUGAAGGCGGAGGCUGCCAAAGUGCCGGAGUGGUCCUCCUGUCUCAAGAGCUCCAGGACCAGGGAACCCAGGGGGCAGCACCAGCCAGAGCAGACCCUGACCAACGCAUCAGGGAAGGGGGCCGAGCUGUUCGCUAAGCGCCAGUCGAGGAUGGAGAAGUACGUAGUGGGGAACCAGAAUGUCUCCGGUGGUGGAGGUGGUCAGAUGAGGUCACCAUCUCCCACCGCGUCUCUGCCGCCGUCUUGGAUCUAUCCAUCUAAUAUGCCUGGCCGGGUCAAAGCUAUCGCUAACAACACUGAUCUCAGCGCCAGGCUGACACAGACCCUCCAGACCCCUCAGCCUGGGAACAGGAGGCCCAGCCAGCAGGCUUUAACCCCGGCCCCGGUCCUCGCAGAACCACCCCUGGAGUACGGCUGCACCAAGAUAGAGAUGGACCUCUCCAGGCACCAGCCCUACCAGCUCAACUCCUCCCUGUUUAUCUUCAACCCAGUCCAGGGCUCUACCAGCACCCUGCUGAGCACUCUGCCCCGAGGGGCCCCUCCACCACCCAAACCCCUGGUCUCAUCUGAGGCCUACUCCAGGCAGGCCUCCCUGCCCUCCUCCAACCCUCAGUCACACAACUACAACAGCCUGCCCCGCUUCAGGCCUACCAUGUCCCCGUCACUUCAGCCCCCAUCAGGAGGAAUUGGAGGUAGGGAUACCUAUCCUCCCCAACACGGGGGGACUCCACAGCUGAGGGACCCCAGGAUCACCUCUGCUGUCUCUGCCUUCUCUACGGAGAGAGUAGCCUCUCCUCGGUCUAGCGUCCAGGCACCCAGACCCACCUUCUCUGCCAAGAGGGCCGGGAUCGAACCCCAGAUGAGGAAGGAGUCCCCUCCGACCCCCACCACCACCCCCACCAGGACACCGCAGUUCACCCGUCGGUUCAGCAGCCCAGAGGGACCCCCCACUUCCAGGCCCCUCCACCAGGCGACAGCCAUCUCCCCUGCCUCCCUACCCUGGGAGACGAGGUGCAAGUCACCCACGGUGGUCAACCAAACCACCAAACCCUUCUCCACUGCCUCUUUAUCCAGGCCUGAACCAUCCACUACCACCUCACCUAUAUCGCCUGUAUCUCCCUGGGGGUCCCGCUGUCAAUCCCCUAACAUCAACCAGACAACCAAGCCUUUCUCCACCACCAUCUCACCUAUAUCGCCUGUAUCUCCCUGGGGGUCCCGCUGUCAAUCCCCUAACAUCAACCAGACAACCAAGCCUUUCUCCACCACCAUCUCCAACUCUUCCUCUUCCAGACCCUCUCACCAAGGCACCAUCACCUCUCCUCUCUCCCCGUCACCCCUGUCCCCUCCCUGGGGUUCCAGAUGCCAGUCUCCCAUCGUCAGCCCCGGCCCCAACAACUCCAAGGCAAACCAUCGCCUGUUAGCCAAGAACAUCAUCAACGCGGCCAAACGUAAAAACAGCCCGUCCCCAGGUGCUCUGAGUGGCCACAACCUCCCAAUCUCCCCACUAGAUGACAACAUCACCCACCAGCACCACCAGGGCUAUGACCAGCAGCACCACCACAGCAGCUCCAAACCCCCCUUCAGCCCCUACCAGUCCAGGGCCAUGGGGUGCCAGUCCCCCCCCUUCGCCAGCCCACCUCCUACCCCUACAGGGGUGAUCCGGUCCCCAGUAAGGCUCUACAACACCAGGUCCCUCACUGACUCGGAUGCUUCGGUGGAAUCGGAGGACUCUGGGCUGAGGUCUCCAGGACUGCAGCGUACCCACAACACCAGUCCCCGGGGCUGGGGAGGCAGCCUGAGGGUGAAGAGGGGUAGUUUUGGCACCGACCUAUAGGGGGAGCCGGGGAGAGAGGGUCAGGAGAAAGGACCAUUGAGCUUACCUAAUAAGAGAAGAAGAAAACCCAGAGAGUACAUUGAUAAAGGGACUGGUGGGUUAUGGGCAAUUCUUAACUUAAUUGACGUAGAGGAGCAUCUAAGAUGGAGGGCACAGCGCUUGCCUCACAGGUGAGAUAUGGAAAGGACUUUGAAAGGACCUGAUCUUGUGUGUUUGUUGCUUUGGAGCAUCCAGGAGUAAGGGACAAUAAUGGUGACCACACAGUAAAUAAUCUGAUGCCCUUACAACGCAGCUGGGACAUAGAAGCAACCUGUCUGGUGAUUGUAAAGUCCACUAAAACCCACUGGUUUGUCUGGCUGUCUAUAGAAGAGUCCAGGACCAUCACGCUCAGAGCUAGCUCAACAGUGGGAUUACCGAGAGGAGAUUGAAGGGACAAUUCACUGUUGCCUCUGCCUCUCAUUCUUACGUCUUAUAAAAAUAUGUUAUACAUUUAUUUCACACAAGAAAAAGGAAAUUUAAGAGGAUUCUAAAAUCAAAAGCGACUUGUCUACAACUUUAUAUUUAGAUCUUGUCAUUGAAAAAUGAAAUGUAUUGUAUUCAGGAAUUGCUGAAAUGUAAAACUAGCUUACUUGCAUUUGACUACGACAAAAGUUCCAUUAAAAAAUACAAUUAUUACAGGAGCUUACUUAUGUUUACUCUAAAUAAUUGUUUAUUCUAAAUUUGUACCACCCCCCCCUUAAAAAAAUAAUCUAAGGGCAAGAAAAAAAUACCAAAGACAAUAUCUGUAAUGAUGCAGUGUUUUCAAAACAGUGUUACAUUUUUCCUCCCCCACAUAAGACAUUGAUAAUGUGAUGUCGUAGAUAGGCCCUUUGCAGUUAUUUCGUGUAUA